AUGCCACAGACCAGAAGAGACAAAGAGAGUAAGUAAUUUUGCAAGAAUGUGUUUCUAUCCUUGUUUAUGCUUUGUUAUUAUUGUCUAAUUUUCAGUUUCUCUCACAAAAGUGAAGAAAAAGUCCAGAGAGAACAAAGAGAACCUGGUGGAACAAAUCAGAAAAUGCGUAGAUGAAUACGCCUCCGUCUACUCAUUCAGUAUUGAAAACCUCAGAUCAUCCAAGUUCAUUCAGGUUUGAAUAUAGAAUGGGAUUAAUUGUUUCGUUUUAGAUUCGCCAGAAGUUCAAAAAGACUUCAAAGUUUUUCUUUGGAAAGAGAAAUGUAAUGGCUUUGGCAUUGGGGAGGACAGCUGGUGAAGAAAUCUCUGAUGGAAUCCACAAGCUAUCAAAAACUUUGGAAGGACAGUGUGGACUGAUUUUUACAAAUGAAAAGGAAAAAGAUUUCAUAAAGUAAGAGCUGGUUUUUUUCUACUUUAUUCAUUAGAUACUUCAAAACAUUUGACGACGAAGAAUUUGCGAGAAGCGGGAACACGGCUACUCACUCAGUCCAUCUACCAGCCGGACCACUAACACAGUUUCCUUUCUCAAUGGAACCACAGCUUAAAAGGCUAGGACUUCCAUGCAAGGUUGAACGUGGGUUUGUCGAACUGUACGACAGUUUUCAAGUGUGUUCGGAAGGCGACACUUUAACAGCAGAUCAAUGCAAGAUCUUGAAGCUGUUGGGAGAGAAGAUGGCCACAUUCAAAGUAAAUUUGAUUGCCAAAUGGAGUAAAUCCAAAGGUUUUGUUACACUCUGAAUAUUGUUUUCCCUUGAUUUUUUGUUGUGGUUAAAUUGUUAUUCAUAUCAGCAAAGUUCGGUUAAAUGCGAUCUCGUUAGGAUGUUUUUGAUUUAAAAAAGAUUAGACGAGGUUUCUUUAGGAAAUGAACAAGCUGUCCACUCGUUUCCUUUUAAGGUGGACUAGACUGAGUUUGCAAGCCGCGAGACCCAAAUCAAAUAAACCAAUCGAACCCAGGUUCAGUCGUUCGUCUGCUUAUUAUGGAUCAGACAAGUUGGAAUUGAAACCGUCGACUCCUCUUUACAUCCCCAAUUAUUAUGACACCGAUGAAUUUCAAAACAAGAGGGUUCUGUAUGCAGUAAUUAGUCUCGGUAUCUUCUUUGCUUAUUUUGGGUACUUCAGGUAAGAAAUUUUUCUCUUAAUCUUAAUGUUCCCUCAGAGAAAAAAAUGAUAUCGACCAGAUUCUAAACAGCGAACCUCAUGUCUUGGCUGGAAAUCUCGAACGGAAAAUGUUGGGCAACCAGAUCCAAGAGGCACGGCGGGCAGGGAAACCAACAGAUUUGCUGGAAGCACAGUUGGCUUAUGUUGACGUGAAAGAAGCGGCCAUCCAAGCAACCUAUGACAAGAGAAAAAACUAA